AUGUCAGAAUUGAAAUCUCACAUUAUUCCUUCCAGUAUAUCAUGGUUCGAUCGACUUUGUUUUGCUCAACGAGUCGACGAUCCAAAAUCCUAUUCAGCAUGGCAAAAGAAUAGCAUCGUCAUGAUCAUCACCUUCUCAGCAUUCACAGCGCCGUUUGCCUCUUGCAUUCUUUUUCCAUCCUUCACCACCCUAGUGGAACAUUUCCAUACAACAGAGCCUAAGGUAGCCCUGACUACCACGGUCUUCCUCAUCGGUCUAGCCAUCGCGCCUUUAUGGUGGAGCUCGUUAAGCCAGGAGUAUGGACGUCGACCAGUGCUGGUUUUCAGCUUUCUCAUUUCGGCCAUUGCCGUCAUUAUCUGCGCAGUGUCAAAUUCACUACCACUGAUCACCGUCUUUCGAUUGAUCGAAGCGCUGGGAUGUUCAUCUGCUCAGAGUGUCGGGGCCGGUGUCAUCAGUGACAUAUAUAUCUCAACAGAUCGUGGAUCUGCCUUGGGGUGGUUCUACCUUGGAACUCUGAUCGGGCCCCUGGUUGCUCCGAUUGUAGGAGGCGCCCUUCAAAUAUGGCUUGGGUGGCGAUCAAACUUGUAUUUUAUGGCCAUAUUCACGUUCGCCAUGGUGAUACUCAUCCUUUUGGCUUUGCCCGAGACCUUGGUGAAGGCAUCCCCCGAAGAAAAUGCCGGAUCAUCGCGAUCCUGGCUUCAACAAGUUCAACGCGAUGCUGUUUCCCCACUGCCAAAGCUCAAGCUCCUCCUGAUUCCUUCGAUCGCACUGUCAGUGUGCUAUGUCAGCAUUUGUUUUGCAAGUCUGUACUGCUUCAACACUACUCUCCCGUAUGCUUACUCCGCACCUCCAUAUAACUUCUCCUCCAUUGAAGUUGGUCUUUGCUAUAUCAGCAACUGUCUGGGUUAUGCAAUCGGCAGCGUUGCAGGUGGACGGCUCAGCGAUGCGAAGUUGCGCAAGUACCAGCUUACCCAUGACGGGGAGAUCAAUCCCGUGGAAAGACUGAAGACCGUGUGGUAUGGGGUUGGUUUUGUUCCGGUUGGCCUUCUCCUCUAUGGGUGGUUGGUUGAAAAACAAAUUUUCUGGUUUGCGCCCUUGGUGGGAGCCUUUCUCUUUGGAUUAGGGCUUAUGCUUAUCACUUCGACAAUCAUGCCCUUCCUCGUGGAUGUCAAGUCUGGAGUCGGCGCUUCUGUUGUGGCCAAUUUGAAUUUGGUGCGGAAUAUUCUUGCGGCUAUUGGCACUGUUGUCUCGCCUAUUGCAGUAGCAAGCAUCGGGUAUGGGUGGUGGAUGACAAUUCUAGCAAUUCUGUGCUCUUUGGGGGUUAUCUGUAUAAUUGUCGUUGUUCGAAGAGAGAGAGCCACGACAAAACCCUCUCCAGAAACGUUGGCAUAG